GAAUGGACUGCCAUGACUCACGGCACGUCAGUCAAGCCUGUUUAUCUUUCAAGCCUCCGUUUACAAUGGAGCACAUAAUUGUGGGUGCUUCAACUCCGCAUUUCAUUCUUCUUCCUGCUCUUUCCAGCUUUCAACUUCUCCGUCUUCCCUUUUCACUUUAAAUAUCGCAAGUCUUCCCCAGAAUCUAGAGCUGAAACAGUAGGCUUUGAUUUUCUCAGCGAGGAAUCCAUUAUUUGGGUCAGAUUUUGUGAGUUUUCAUUUUCUUCUGGAGUUCGAUAUUCCGGAUUUGCACAGCCUUAGAUUUCACUACUGGGUAUGUUUCAUCUUUUACUCACACUCAACGUAUUUUAGUCCUCGACAGCUACUGGUUCGAUCUGUUUACACUAUUCAAAGAGUGCGAAGUUAUAAUUUGCUGGGAAAUGUUUUGAAUUUCCGUUUUGACAUGGGAAUGUUUAGAGUAAUGUCUUCGUAUAGAAAAGGUAGAAUUAAAGAUGCUGCUUUCCGUCGGUUGCUAUCUCUGAUUCUUAUAACUGCAUUAGGGUUACUAUUAUUGUUCUUAUUGCUACUUAGAACCAAAACAAUUGGCGCUAUCAUCACCAGCUAUAGAAACGAGGGUUUCGAUAAUUUUGAAAUUAAGGACUUUGAGACAGACCGCAAAAAGAAAUCAAAGUUGAAUCUUCCCAAACAAAACAAAUUGUCGAUCUCAUUGGAUUUGAGAAACCAGUUGCCCCCCAAGAACAUUGAUUUGUACCCUAAGUUAGCAAAGGAUCAUAUUGUGAUUGUUCUGUAUGUUCAUAAUCGACCCAAGUAUCUACAAGUCGUAGUUGACAGCCUUUCCCGAGUUUCAGGGAUCAGUGAAACCCUACUGAUUGUUAGUCAUGAUGGGUACUUUGAUGAGAUGAACAAGAUUGUGGAAGGGAUCAAUUUCUGCCAAGUCAAACAAAUAUUCUCCCCAUACUCCCCUCAUAUAUUCAAUGACAGUUUUCCUGCAACAUCACCAAGAGAUUGUAAGGAUAAAGACGACCCAGCUGAGAAGAACUGUGAAGGGAAUCCUGACCAGUACGGAAACCACAGGUCACCAAGGAUUGUGUCUUUGAAGCAUCAUUGGUGGUGGAUGAUGAACACUGUUUGGGAUGGACUAAAAGAAACCCACAAUCACGUGGGCCAUGUUCUCUUCAUAGAGGAGGACCAUUUCAUUUUCCCAAACGCGUACCGGAAUUUGCAACUCCUUGCAAAACUAAAAGCCAUGAAGUGUCCAGAAUGUUAUGCAGUGAAUCUAGCGCCAUUGGACGUGAAGUCGAGGGGGGAGGGGUGGGAGAUUUUAGUCGCUGAGCGGAUGGGAAAUGUGGGGUAUGCUUUUAACCGAACCGUUUGGAAAAAAAUACACGAAAAGGCGGGAAAGUUUUGUAUGUUUGAUGAUUACAAUUGGGACAUAACAAUGUGGACCGUGGUUUACCCUUCGUUUGGUCAACCAGUUUACACAUUGCGUGGACCCAAAGCGAGUGCUGCUCAUUUCGGGAGAUGUGGGUUGCAUCAAGGGGCAGAUAAUGGUGCUUGUAUAGAUGAUGGUUCCGUGACGUUUGAUCUUCAAGAAGAUGAUAAGAUUGUGAACAUCAAAUCGGAUUGGGGAGUGCACUUGCACGCCCACCAAACGGGGUAUCAGGCUGGAUUUAAAGGUUGGGGAGGAUGGGGAGAUAGACGGGAUCGCCAAUUGUGUUUGGAGUUUGCUGUAAUGUAUGCUUGAGGUUUGUUUUUGUUUCUUUUAUUUUCUACUCUCUUACUUACAUAUAUGGGAAGUUUGGAACACGUGAGGAUAUAAACUUAAAGGAAGAUGUCUCAUUGUAUCGGUUCUUUUACAUGUUUUGUCAAGAUACCAUGAACAAUCAUAGUUGCUAUAGUAUUAUUGCUAAACCUAGUUAUCUUUAAAUCUUUCGUUUUCUUUACAUAGCAGUUUUCC